UCUUCCCCCAACCCAGGAGCAGAUGAAUCACGAAAAACUCCUCAAGAAUCGGAAGGGGAAGGGCGCCGCGGCCGACGCUGCCCUUGCCAAGGCCAAAACCGUCCAGGCAGCUGACUCCAACUCUUCCGCCUCCCAGGCCGAUCGUCGCACCGUGGAGGCGGAGCAGCACCUCAUUGCCACGGUGUUGGCACAAGGGUCCCAGGCCCCAGUCCUUGAUUCUGGCGUCCCCGAGGUUGUGGCGCCUCUGCAGGCCGUCCAUCCCCAGGAGGGGGAGAAAGCGGACAAAAAGUCCAAAAGGCCCAGGGGAACUGGUUCUUCGGCCCUUGAAGGGCAAGGGGUGAUCCUCCCCUCUCUCGGACGUCCGGCGCAUGACGUUUGGCAGGAGGUUGCCUCUCUGGCCGGCGUGGAGAUGCCUCCCCGCACGUCUUCGGAAGCCUCCAAUGCGGCCCUGGCCGCCGCUCUUCAGGUCGGGCUCUCCGUUCUGCAGUCUGAGGCUGCCCGAGAUGCCGAGGUCCUCCAGGCGAAGACCAAGGCAGAUGCUGCUCUGAAGAAGGCGAGAGAGGCCGCUCGUCUUCAGGAAAAGGAGCUUGCGGCCAAGGAUAAAGAAUUGCAGGCCGCCCUGAAGGCAGCUCGUGAGUCCUCCGCGAAGCUCGCGGUCCUCGAGAAGGCCGGGUUCAAGCUCGUCCCAGCUCUCCCUGCCCCCAAAGACGAAACCCCUGAAUGGCUCGUCGACGAUUCUGGGUACCACAACUCCGGGGCCUUCAUGAUUGCCGCCCAGAGGUACCUUGGGGGCGCCUUUGGUGAUGUCUUCGCUGCCGAGCUGCAAAAGCAGGCGCCCAAGGACCGCCUCAAAUUCGGGGUCCGAAUCCUGGAGAGUGCGCCCCUGGCCGAGAAGUUCCUGUAUGAUGUCGGGGAUAGCUCCUUCGUCAUUGGCUUCAACGAGGGGGUGAAAGCCACAUUGCCGGUCUUUGCCGCUCUUCAGGGCCCCCGAUUUGAUCUGGCCGAGCAUACCUCAGACCCAGAGCUGAUCCGGGCCGUGGGCAAGCUGAGACGGGACGCCCGGCGGGAGGAGGCCAGGGCCAGGGGGGAGGUCCCAGAGCCCCCGUCCCCCGAGCCCGAACCUGAGGAGGAAGAGGAAACCAUCCCUGGGGGAUCCCGGCCCAUUUCUCCAAAUUUUGUGUAGUGUAGUUCGUAGUUUAUUUGUUUUGAUCCUGUACUUAUCCGGCCAGUAGAGCCGAAGAAUAUACAACUCUUUUUUGCCUUAUCAUUGUCUCUACGCUCGUGAACUCUUUUUAUCUCCUUUCUUCGUUGGUAGUUUUUCGUUUUUCCUCGGGGAUGUUCAUGUCCAUAACUUGCCCUCGCGUCCCAAACUUUCGGGAUACGAACGUAUGCCUGAGAGCACCCCACAUAUAUUCCAUCCCCAAAUCCGUUCGUCAGAAGGAAGACGUGCGAAGAUGCGGCAGUUCUUUCGAAUCAGUUGGUGAAGACGCCCGUCUCUUGGCUAUUUGCGUAACCGUCCGUGGGGUCGCUCACGUCCACACUCCAUUCCUGUUCCUCGAUCCAUCGGGGUAUGAGCGUAUGCUUUGGGAGCAUCACAUAUGUAAACCACUCCCCAAGAUGCACGGGUUGCGGCCGUAACCCCCCGGAGUACGCUCGUCGGAUGCGCUUCCCCGAGCCAUGUCUUGAUGGGGGAGAUCGCCGCUUCCGGAGUAGCGUACCCUUUUGCGCCUGUGCUUAAGCCAGGUACCCGUCUCGGACGUGCGUCUGAUGUGAACAUGGGACCUUCAGGCACACACACGUCUUCCUGUGAAUUUGGCUUGCAGGUUCGUCCUCUGUUUGCCCCUUCGAGGGACGUUCGUGGCAUCAAGCCAGAUUAAUUCGCAGUGACUGUGAGGUGAUAACAUCGAGGAGCCUUCAAUACCGCGGUAGGUACCGGUAUCCGGAUGCCACGUGUUCCACCGUGAUUGGCGCAGCCUCGCGGUGCUGCCUAUAAGUACCCAAGGCCUUGUGAAACCUCCAUUUGCUCCAUUUCUCGCUCUUGUGCUGCACAAUCAUUUCCUCUCUCUAGCUUCCUUUGGUAUCGCUUCCGACUUCAGCAUCUGUAGGUACCGAACGUCGUCAUGUCUCUGUCCAUAUCAGGGUCCCAAACUAUUGAUAGGUUUGACGAUGGGUGCUCCUCUGGUGAUGACCUAGAGUUCUAUGAGCGGGGUAUGCCACCGUGGCCCCCCCGUCAUCACCUGAAUUUCUCUUGCGUUCGUCGCCAGCGCCAGCGUCUCUUGAACGCCGAUCGUCGGUUGAUAAGCCAAUGGUUCCUUCCCCCAAGGGGUUACGACGAUCGGAUUCUGCGCAACCCAAUGCGCCAUUUGCCCGGCUACGUGGUGGUCCACUUGGACUCUGUCAUAGCCGGCCUCCUGUUUCCCCUCCACAGCUUCCACAUAGAGCUUUUUAGGGACCUCCGGGUGAUACCCGCUCAGUUCGUCCCUGCUGCUUAUAGGAUCAUCGCGGGUUUUAUAAUUAGAUGUCACAGCGUUGACGUGACCCCCACCGUGGACCUGCUGCAACAUUUCUUCCGGCUAUCUCCUUUCGGACGUACGGGGUAUUUAACCCUGAUCGCGCGUCCGUCCAUGGUCCUGUUUUCUAACAACGCCGGGAAUCCGGACGGCUGGGAGGAGCGGUUCUUCCUUGCCGAAGUGGGCUCCCCGAUGCCAUUCUCCGAUAGGUGGAACGCCUAUCCGGUGAAGUCCAUCCCGCCGCCCAUGACGGAUGAGGAGCUCGGCUAUGCCAAGCGCGUAGCUGGUCUUGGCGUUCAGAACCUCCGGUCGCUGGUGGCCGAGCCUUUCAAGGCCCGGGCCGGGCUAGGUGCGUCUAUUUGUACUUGCAUUGUCCUGUCAUCUUCUAGUUGUUACGAUUCUGAACGUCUUGAUUUUCUUCCUGCAGGAGUAUUCCCAACUAUAUCAUCCAUGGGGCGCAAUCAUAUUAUUUCGCAUGCCCGUGGCCGCGACAACAGGCAUGAGGAUAAGGGCAGGAAGCCGCUCGUCCCCAAAAUUGAGCCUCGGACGAGCAGGAGGCGGUCAGAUGACGCACCAGAGGACGGGGCUUCGAAGAGGCUCCGCAUUGAUGGUACCGCCUCCAAAGCCAUCAUAGUGGCUGAUGACUCCGACGGUGAGCCGGGGAGUCCCCUGAAGCGGAGGCCCUCCUCCCGGAA